GCUAUGUUACUUAUUCUGUGUCUGUGGCUAUGUCGUGUCGAUCCUGUGGUUUGUCGAUGCUAUGGUGGUUCCCCGAUAAUAUCUGAUUCCAAUGCGAUAUCGCGAUCUGUCACUAUGAUGUCACUUAUUUAGAUUUUACUGUAUAUUUGUAUUCCUUAAAAUCAUUUAUUUAUUAACUGUGUUUUUUGUAAAAAUUUGAAAGUAAUUGUUUUGUCAGCUUUCAAUUUAGUUAUUAGUGUUUGAAACUGGAGGAGUCUACAUUUUGAACAUAGAAAGUGGUCUUCAGAAAAUGGAAUAUGGCUGGAUCAGCUUUACGAAGAUUAAUGGCAGAAUACAAACAAUUGACCCUGAACCCUCCGGAUGGAAUUAUUGCUGGUCCUAUUAAUGAGGAAAAUUUCUUUGAAUGGGAAGCUCUAAUCACAGGUCCGGAUGGAACCUGUUUUGAAGGCGGUGUUUUUCCAGCCAAACUGGUUUUUCCUCCAGACUAUCCCCUAAGUCCACCAAAAAUGCAGUUCACAUGUGAAAUGUUCCACCCCAACAUAUAUGCGGACGGCAGGGUUUGCAUUUCGAUCCUGCACGCGCCGGGUGAUGACCCCAUGGGCUACGAGUCCAGUGCGGAGAGGUGGAGUCCUGUGCAAAGUGUCGAAAAGAUACUACUAUCUGUUGUCAGCAUGUUGGCCGAACCAAAUGACGAAAGUGGGGCGAAUGUAGAUGCUGCAAAAAUGUGGAGAGAAGACCGAGAAGAAUUUAAUAGGAUAGCGCAGAGAAUCGUGAGAAAGACCCUAGGAAUACCAACCUAGUUUGUAUCAAAGUCCAUAUUUUAAUGUUAUUUGGGAGUUUUCGAAGAAAAUUGGUGUGUUAUUUUAAAACAUUCUAGGAGACUGUAUUAUAUUAUAAUUUUUAUGUAAACGUUAUUAUAGUCUUGAUAUAUUUGAAA